GGGAGAAACAGGAUUGGUCAGAGAGAGACCAGCUGCUCUAAUCCUGAGCCAGGAUCCAGCGUUCACUCGCAGUGAACUCCCUGUGUCUCCUGGACUUCACCGCAGGGACAAACUCAAGCCUCUGCACAGCGCACCUCUCUCUGGAGCGAGCGACCAGCCGGUGAGGAUGGCCCACUCUUUCACGCGGAUGCUUUCUGGGCGGAGCGCGGCGGUGGCCCUGGCCAGCCUGGGCGCUGGGACCCUGGCCUCAGGCUUCCUGCUCAGCCAGGCGGGGGACUGCCUCUCCGCCGCGGAGAGGAGGAAGAUGUACCCGCCCAGCGCCGAUUACCCCGAUCUGCGAAAACACAACAACUGCAUGGCUGCGGCUCUUACGCCCGGUAUCUACGCCCAUCUGCGGGACCGGGUCACCCCCAACGACUGGACCCUGGACCAGAGCAUCCAGACGGGGGUGGACAACCCUGGGCACCCCUUCAUCAAGACCGUGGGCAUGGUGGCCGGGGAUGAGGAGAGCUACGAGGUGUUUGCUGACCUUUUUGACCCGGUCAUCAAGAUCAGGCAUAACGGAUACGACCCCAGGACCAUGACACACCCCACUGACCUGGACAGCUCCAAGAUCACCUCGGGCAUGUUCGACGAGCGCUACGUCCUGUCCUCCCGCGUGCGAACGGGCCGCAGUAUCCGGGGGCUCAGCCUGCCCCCCGCCUGCUCGCGCUCGGAGAGACGGGAGGUGGAGAGGGUGGCGGUGCAGGCUCUCUCCGGGCUGAAGGGGGACCUCUCCGGCCGCUACUACAGCCUGGGGGAGAUGACUGAUGAAGAGCAGCAGAGGCUCAUCGACGAGCACUUCCUGUUUGAUAAGCCGGUCUCUCCUCUGCUGACAGCAGCAGGGAUGGCCAGAGAUUGGCCUGAUGCUCGUGGGAUUUGGCACAACAACGAGAAAAACUUCCUGAUCUGGAUCAACGAGGAGGACCACACCCGCAUCAUCUCCAUGGAGAAGGGCGGCAACAUGAAGAGGGUGUUUGAGAGGUUCUGCAGGGGGCUACAAGAGGUAGAGCGGCUGAUUAUGGAGAGGGGCUGGGAGUUCAUGUGGAACGAACAUUUGGGCUACAUCCUGACCUGCCCCUCCAACCUGGGGACGGGUCUGAGGGCUGGGGUGCACGUGCGCCUGCCCAAUCUCAGCAAGGAUCCGCGCUUCAAAAAGAUCCUGGACAACCUGAGGCUCCAGAAACGAGGCACGGGGGGCGUGGACACGGCUGCCGUGGGCGACACCUUCGACAUUUCAAACAACGACCGUCUGGGCAAGUCUGAGGUGGAGCUGGUUCAGCUGGUCAUCGACGGGGUCAACUACUUGAUCGAGUGUGAGAAGAGGCUGGAGAAGGGCCAGGACAUCAAGAUCCCGCCGCCUGUGGCCCAGUUCAAGAAGUGAGAACCCCUCAGUCUCUGUGAGGGCUUUGGGGACCCCCUCCUCUGCAGCUUACCAGUGGUCUGUUUGCUGUGUAACUCAAGGUCUUCCACCUACUGUAGCCUCAAUAAACCCCUCUGAUACAC